AUGGAUACAGGAAAUGGCUCAACAACUGAAAGCGUCUUUUGGAAAUAUGUGACGCACGUUCCGCGGUUGGAUGCAAUCCUCUUGAGCCACGUCUCAAAAACCACGAUCCCCGGGAUCAGAUCUCUCAUUCAACGCAAACUUGAGGAAAAGGAAGAGGAAUUCCCAAGCGCGAAUUUGAUUCGCGGCUCUCCCGACAUCGGAAAUAUUUUCAUCAACUACCCUGGCGCUCCAAACGGAGUCAAGGGGGAGAAAAUCCCCGAAGAAGCAGAAAGUCUUCAUUUCAUAAAACACGGAAUCUCGAAACUCGGCUACUCAAGAAACCCAAUCAUCGCUGGCAAAAACAACGAUCCGUUGACACUCUUCAGCGAGUUUGGCCACGGAUCGCUGGAAAUGUACAUAAUCGGACCUUACGAGCACCAGUUGAAUGAUUUCCGAAAAAAGUGGCCGAAAGGAGAAGAAAUCGACUUGAGCCAUGCAUCUUCCAGCAUUCUUCUCAUUUUCCGACAACCGGAUAAGCCAGAAGUUCGGCUCAUGUUUCCAGGAGCAACUGAAACGGCCCAACUCGCCUCUGGAAUCGAAAAAUUGAGAGAGAGGAUCAAAGAUCGCUCGCUUAUCACCUGUCUUGCUCGUCCAUUCUCAACUUCUAUGAACGCUUCAAAAGCUCGCCAGGAAGAAAAAUCAAGAAGUCUCUCUUCUUAUCGAAAUAUCAGAAGCAAAGUAGACACUAGCCAGCCCAAGAGCUUUUCAAAUCGGUCAAGCUCGCUCACUCGUCCGAAAAAGUCGAAACCAGUUGUGGUCCAGAUCGAAAUCAGCCCAAAAGACAACGAAAAACUGAACAAGCCGCAAAAACCUGAUCCCCCAAAAAGAAGAACAAUCGAUGCUCCUACAGCCGCCUCAGUCUUUGCUUCGAAGAAAUCUCCGCCAGUAGACUACAGUACUAAAGCUCUGAAGCGGACACCUAAGAAGACAGCUACGUCAACCGCGUCAAAGAAGUCCAAAAAAGACCCAGAAACAAAGGCCAGAAAACGGCCAAGCUCGAUUCCUCUCAAAGCGUCAAAAAUUGACAUGCAAGUUCCACCCCAGAAAAAUGACGUCAAUACAGUGGAAAAUGACCGUGAAGCUGAAGAACUCAAGUCCAACCCAUCAGAGGUAAUUGUGAGCGAGCCGAAGCAAAUUGCAUUGACAGAAGAGACUCCCAAGACACAAGAAAUAAUUUUCUCCGACAACAGCCACGAGCCUGCAGCAAAAACGCACGACAUAACCGAGCCCGAUUCUGAGCCAGAAAGAGCGGGCGAAACAGAACAUGAGCAAGCAAUAAUCAUGACAGCGCCAAAGCUCGAAAUGACUCCUGAUUCAGAAGAACCAGUCGUCGUCGCUACAAUUCCUUCGGAAAUCAAGGCCAUGAAGAGCUCAGCCACAGUGGAAGACAUAAAAGAAAUAACAGACGAGUUCGUACCUGAGCUCGUUGAAGUCAAGAAGAAAAAUGAACCGGCGUUUAUGGAGCCAGUUUCAAUUCACAGAGCCCUUGGUGAGGAAAACCCAGGAUCAUCUCACGAAGAUCUUGCGAAUCUCAACUUAGAUAAAGACGACAACCCACCUGUUUUCGACUCGCCUGAUCAAGAAGCUGACUUUGGAAAUCUCUCUGACCAAGACUUCAUGGCGCGACUUGUGCAAGAAGGAAUUGGAAAGAAGACGGAAAAUGUCACAACAACGAUUCUCGAAGAAGAAGAAAGCGUCGACAAUGAAAGCUUGGAAACCGACGACUUCGAGUUUUCCAAAACAUCUCCAGAGCUCAACGAGCCGGCAAAGACACCAGAAGGAAAACUCAUCGAUAUUGAACAACCAAACAACUCGGAUCAGCAGAAAUCAGAUGAGAAAGUUCAAGCGAUCACAAAUCUGCUUUCAAAGUGCUUCUCUACUUUGGAAAAUCAAGAAACUGAAGACAUAGAGGAGAAGAUGCCUGAGCCAGAAUGGAAUUUCGCUGCAAAAGAGGCCGAGCAAAAGCGACAGCGAGGGUCGCUUCUGCUGACUUCUACAGUGAGUGUGGAAUCAAACGACUACGACUUUUUCUCCGAAGGCGCCGCCACCGUCAUUCGAAAGUCCUCAGAAGCCACUCCUACCUCUUUCUCAUCUUUUUUCGAUUCAAAUCGCGCCUCCACUUCUUCUGCUGACAGAAAAGACAAGCCACGCACAGAAUCUCUGGGCAGCAAAGCCAAUUUGACAGAGGGCUGGAGUGACGAGGUCCGAUCACCGGCUGAUGGAAUGCAUGGUCUGGAAAAAUCUGACAAUCGGGACUCGGGUGAUGGCCUUGCGGCGUCAUCAGGUGCAGAUAUAAAUCAUGUGACCCAGAAAGAAGGAUUCGAGAUGUGGAAAGAUGUCGACGAUGUAUUUGCGGGAUUGAACGAAAAGCAUCGUCGAGUUUCUGGCCAUUCGAUUUCGCCAAAUAGCUCAGUUUCAGAGGAGCCGGCAGUGCCUCAGCCGCCGCCAGUUCCUGACCGGAUUUUGAAUGAAAUACCGAUCGGAAAUACUAAUAACAAUAACGAUUCAAAACGAGGGCGAGGGAGAGCUAGAGCCUUUGAUCGACCAAUUUAUGUGGAUUUGACUUAUGUUCCUGAUACGACUCCUGAGCGAUUAGCAGACUUUAGCAAUCUUGUCCGGGCGAAGACGUAUGUUCUGAGCUCAGAAGUAGCAAAUCGCGAAAUUUUCGCGCGAGUUCUUUUUGGAAUCCGAAAAUGGGCUACGACAGAUACUGAGACGACCAUUGUCAGCUUGGGAGACGAAUCUGAUGCUGAUCUCUGGUCGAUGGAGUACGCGGACGUUUUGCAGGAAAACAACACGAUCGUGGUCACAUCUGGGCAAGUUCUUGUCGACGGUCAAGCCGUGAAGUUAAGGGUCGACAACGAGCAUAGAAACUUCGUACUAACGAGUUUGUAA